AUAUCAGAAGUUUACACAUGUCUUCUUCCACAGAUUCUUAGAUUAUAUCAAUCCAUUCGGAUUCAUAUCUUACUCUAUUUUCCCAACAAAUUUCCAAAAACCCACAUAACUCGUUCCAGUUUUAGGAAUCCCCGACACAUUUUCAUCGGCACUUGCUGCACCUUGCCCCUUCUCUUCUUUUACCCUUUUCUAGCAAAACAAAAGAAGGACAGUAACAGCCAUGGAAGAAGUGAGAUUGAACAGAUGGGGUUAUGAAGUCAGAACCGCUUCUGAUUCUUGCAUCUCUGCCAUCAAUGCUUAUUGUCAGCAGGUGCUUAGUUAUGGGAGGGAGAGGAGUGUGAUAAUGGAAGCUCCGGUUCAUGAUAAAGACUGCGUCUUGGCCAACAUUUUGGCUGCCCACUUUCUCUCCUCUGGCAACGCUACUAAAGCUCUUCCAUAUCUAGUAGCUGCCAAGUCUAGACUGGACCAAGCCACCUCGUAUGAGAAAGCAGUUUUUGAUUCCAUAAAUUGUUUAAUUUCUGAGAAUAGAGACGAUGAUGUUGCGCUGGAAUUACACUCCAAGCUUCUAAAAGAUUUUCCGAGAGAUCUUGCUUCAUUGAAGAGGGCCCAAAUCUUGUGCUUCUAUAUGGGCAGACCUGACCUAUCUUUGGUUCUGGUCCAACAGGUACUACCAGAAAAUCAACAAGAAAAUUAUGUAUAUGGCAUGCUAGCAUUUCCAUUAUUAGAGCUAGGUCGAAUGUCAGAGGCAGAGGAAGCUGCAAGAAAGGGAUUUGAGAUCAACAAGCAAGACUGUUGGACACAACAUGAUCUUUGCCAUGUUCUUCAGUAUGAAUGCCAUUUCAAAGAAGCAGUACAGUUCAUGGAAGAAUGCUCGUCUUCAUGGACUUUGUGUUCAUCAUUCAUGUUAACGCACAAUUGGUGGCAUGUGGCUCUUUGUUACUUGGAAGGUCAUGCUCCAAUUGAAAAGAUUGUAGAGAUUUAUGAAAAUCGCAUAUGGAAGGAGUUGGAAAGAAGUGACUCUCAUGCAGAGGUAUACCUGAAUGCUCUGGGUUUGAUGUUGCGGGUGCAUGUACGAGGAAAAAGUGAUGUCUUUAAUGAUCAUUUGAAAACUUUAGUAGCAUGUUUAACAGAUCAAGCCUACUGGUAUUUAGAAUGGCACCUUGAUUUGUUGACUUUAUGGGCCUUAGCUUUUACUGGAGAACUCUCUGAAGCAGAAGAUUUACUAAAGGGCUUGCAAUUCAGAAUUUCAAAGAUGAGCAAGAAGAAGCAAGAGUUAAUGCAAAGAGGAAUUCUGCUUGCAGAAGUCUUGUAUCAGUAUGGACGGGGCAACGACAAACAAGCUUUGGAAUUGCUCGGUCCUGAUUUUGAUGCUAAUGAUUACAGGAUGAUUGGAGCAUCAGAUGAACAGCUUGAUGUGUUCAACGAAGUCUGGUAUACCAUGUUACUGAAUACCGGGGAAAUUACCAAGGCAAUUGAAGUAAUCAAGAAACGAAUCAAGAAAAGGGAAGGGGUUCCAUUCUCAUGGCGCGUACUGGAGAAAGCAUAUACCAUGAGCAACCAGCAAGAGGCGUCAGUUGCUGCCGGAGAAAAGGCCAGGACAUUAGAAGCUACUUAUUUCAAACAAACGGUAUGAUGCAUGAACACAAGAAGACAUGCCCCUUUUUCUAUCCUAACUCAAUCUAGCUCCGUAAGAGGCGAAUACUCGUUCACCUUUUAUUGUACCAUAUACAUAAAAACAGGAGGAUUUGAACCUGAAAACUCUCAAAGUUUCUGUUGUAUCAUGUAUGUUACAGCUUGGAAGAAUUCAAUCUGUGCUGUUCUUAAAUAAGAAAAUUGUUUUCUUUUU